AUGACGGUCCCCUCUGCAGAGGAGCUGGACUCCUUCAGGUACAGUGACCUGCAGAAUUUAGCCAAAAGGCUGGGCCUCCGGGCUAACCUGAGGGCAGACAAGUUGUUAAGAGCCUUAAAAGCCCACCUGAAUCCAGAAGCAAGGAAAGAAAAUAAAAAUCAGGAUGAGAAUCAGUCUGCUACAUUCUCCUGUGAUGAGACUGAGAUGCAAAUUAACUGUGAGGAGCAAGCUGAGAGGAAAUCAGUUGGUCAUGUCACCACAACAAGAAGGAAGCUCAAGACACUGAGAGUUCUGCAUCCUGAUUCACAGGCAGAUCAUUCUGAGAUAAAAAGAAGUGAUCAUACUACAUUACAGAAUCAAGAAAAGCAGGAAAAUCAAGACCUCAAAAUUACUACAAAAGUUCCUUCUCGGCCAGACCAGAGCCAAGAAGUCCGGAGUGCAGCUUCUUCAGAGAAAAAUGAUAAAGAUUCAAAGAUGCCUUUGGGGAAAAAAUCUCUAUGUACAGAUGGGUUUUCCAAACUUGGGAACAAUAAAAGGAUGGCAGCCACCACACCAAACUUUAAGAGGCUUCAUGAAGCUCGUUUUCAGAAAAUGGAAUCAAUUGAUGAAUAUAUUGUCAGAAAAAAGAAACACUUUAAAGAACAUAAUUCACUUAAUGAACUAAAGAGAAACCCUCUUGAGAAAAAGGGGAUAGUGACCCCAGUUCCAGCAAGAGGAAGAUUCUCUGUACCCCAUACUCCUGCCAGGCAGCAGUUCUCACAAGACCAGUCCCAGGGCCCUGAAAGUCUGAAGGGGUCAGACAAACACUCUGUUGUGCUUUCAGCAACUAAAAUGAAUGUCAGGUUUUCAGCUGCUACGAAAGAUAAUGAACAUAAGUACUCACUGACCAAGACUCCAGCCAGAAAGUCUCCACGUGUGACCCUACCUGGGAGUGCUUCAAAAGACCAGGCUGUGUUGAGGACACCCAAGUUAAAGGCCACUGAGCGGAGUUCUACUGCUGCAGUUCUCACCCCAUUCCAGUGGUCAGCAGCACAGACUCCAGGCUCCAGUAAGAAGCCGGCGUUUGAUCUCCAGGCAAGCUUGUCUCGUCCCCUCAACUACAAGCCACACAAAGGAAAGCUGAAACCUUGGGGGCAAUCUAAAGAGAAUAGUUCUCUGAAUGAGUGUGUCAGCAGAGUUAGCCUCCACAGGAAAACUUACAAACAGCCUCAUCUCCACACCAGGGAAGAACAACGGAAGAAACAUGAGCAAGAACGAAAGGAGAGGAAGGCAAAGGUCUUGGAAGCUCGAAGAAACCUGGUCACGACCAAAGCCCAGUGAUGCCGUCCAGUCCUUUCCUUCCGGCUUGUUUUCCUUCUCUCGGUGUUUUUAUAUUCUCCUCUACGGUAGUCAAAAGCUUUUUCUACCAUAACUGUCGGUCCUCAUUUGUGGAGUGUCUGUUCUCCAUGUGCUAUAGCUCUGAAAAUACGUUCUCAUCCUAAAGUUCACAACUAAAGUGGUUUUCACCUAUUGUCCUGUAAAACUCUGCCUUUUAGAGACCU